UUCAGUUGAAGUCAGUGCACACACAGUUUUUCUGCUGUCUCUCCCAAAGAAGAGUUGAGUUCACCUUGUAUGUAAAUAGUGGCCUCUUUACCUCUGCAUACCUUUGUGUUUGCACGGGACUACCCACUCGUCCUCGUCAGACCCAAUGAGCCUCAUCUGGUGAGAGAACCUUUUACCUUCUACUGCAGCUUUCCUGGUCUGGGUAAGCCUUUUUUGGGUUGUGGUGAGCCAGAGUAGAUUUACCUUCAAUAACCAUUUAUUAAAUCUCUAUCCAUUAGACUCUGAGGCUUCAUAAGAGCUGGCUGCAUUAAGCCUGAUUAUGGGAUGCCCGGCAGAGGAAAAGGGUCUAUGUGUCAAGUGUGUCAUCGAGUGAUUUAUAUCCCUGGCUGGGAUUUCUGUCUUGUCAGAUGCGAGUGAGCUGCACAGCGGACAGAGAAGCACCGCAAUCUUUAAUGAUGCUGAAACUUUGGUAAUUUUUUUAGUUGAGGUGUGAGUCCAGAGGUGAGUGCCAUGUCCAGGUGCUGCAGUGGCUCUGCAGGGUUUUCUAGUGCUUCAUAUCUUACUGUUGCUGCUGAUCCCUGACCUGGCGCUGCUGUCUAUGGAUCUCUUUCUGAAUCAGUCUGACUUGCUUCUGUAAAGCAUAAUUUGAGUUUCCAACAUGGACAACAAGGGCCCAGCUGGCAACUUUAAGCGGUCUUCUCUCAAACGCUCCACAUCUGGCUCCCAGAAGGCGCAGAAAGCUUGGAUUGAGAGAACCUUCUGUAAAAGAGAAUGUAUUCAUAUAUUUCCCACCAAGGACCCGACCAGAUGUGCCUGUGGUCAGCUGACAACACAGCACGUGGCCAUCCCUCCUGGUGCCAAUUCAGUGGAGGAACAUCAGCUGGUGCAGAUUGACACCCCGAAGGAUAAAUGGUCUGUAAUCAAGCACACCAGAACAUACCCAACAGACGCCUUUGGCAUAAUUGAGUUCCAGGGUGGAGGAUUCAUCAACAAGGCCAUGUACAUCCGGGUUUCCUAUGACACCAAGCCUGACAACCUGUUGCAUUUGAUGGUGAAAGACUGGCAACUGGAAUUGCCCACUUUACUCAUCUCUGUACAUGGAGGUCUUCAAAACUUUGACCUCCAGCCCAAACUCAAGCAAGUUUUUGGCAAAGGCCUGAUCAAAGCCGCUGUCACAACUGGAGCUUGGAUCUUCACGGGUGGAGUCAAUACUGGGGUGAUCCGUCAUGUGGGAGAUGCCUUAAAGGACCAUUCCUCCAAGUCACGAGGGAAAGUCUGCGCCAUAGGAAUUGCCCCAUGGGGGAUCUUGGAAAACAAAGAGGACCUUCUUGGAAAAGAUGUAACAAGGCCAUAUCAGACAAUGGCAAAUCCACUAAGCAAGCUGGCUGUGCUUAACAACAGCCACUCCCACUUCAUCCUGACUGACAAUGGCACCUGCGGGAAAUACGGCUCUGAGGUCAAACUCCGUCGACUGCUGGAGAAGCACAUCUCCUUGCAGAAGAUCAACACCCGUCUGGGCCAGGGCGUCCCUCUGGUGUGUCUGAUAGUAGAAGGAGGUCCUAAUGUCAUCUCCAUUGCCCUGGAGAGUCUGAGAGACGAGCCUCCGAUUCCUGUGGUGGUUUGCGAUGGCAGCGGCCGUGCUUCUGACAUCAUUUCCUUUGCGCACAAAUUCUCAGAGGAUGGAGGCUUGGUUAAUGAUGACGUCCGAGACCAACUUUUGGUGACAAUCCAGAAAACUUUCAAUUAUAGCAAAAGCCAGUCACAACAGAUUCUACUCAUGGUUAUGGAGUGCAUGAAGAAAAGGGAACUGAUCACAGUUUUUCGAAUGGGUUCAGAAGGACAACAAGACAUUGAAAUGGCCAUUCUUACUGCAUUGUUAAAAGGCACCAAUGCUUCGGCAGCAGAUCAGCUCAGUUUGGCUCUGGCCUGGAACAGAGUGGACAUCGCUCGUAAUCACAUCUUUGUUUAUGGACAUAAUUUACCACCAGCAGGUGCCAUCGCCAACACCACAACCUCUGGAGUAGUGGUCCAGGAAAAGCCGAAGAGUCCUGUCAGCGCUCCCAAAAACAAAACCCGAGGGAAAAAAGGGAAGGGGAAGGGAAAGGCAAAACCUGAACCUCCAGAGGAAACAGAUCCAAGAAAGCUAGAGCUGAUUCGUUGGGUGAACUCUCUGGAACAGGCAAUGAUGGAUGCUCUAGUUCUGGACAGAGUAGACUUUGUCAAACUGCUUCUAGAGAACGGGGUCAAUAUUCACCACUUCCUCACCAUCCCCAGACUAGAGGAGUUAUACAACACGAAACUUGGUCCUGCUAAUACACUGCAUGCUGUGGUCAGGGAUGUCAAAAAGGGGAACCUUCCUCCAGAUUAUCAAAUCACUUUGAUUGAUAUUGGUCUGGUGCUGGAAUACCUCAUGGGUGGUGCUUACAGGAGCAAUUACACCAGGAAAGCUUUCCGCAACCUCUACAAUAAUUUGUAUGGACUAAAAAGGCCAAAAGCUCUGAAGCUUCUAGGAAUGGAGGAUGAUGAACCACGGACAAAAGGAAAGAAAAAGGCCAAAAAGAAGAAAGAAGAGGAGGUUGAAAUUGAUGUGGAUGACCCUGAGGUCUGCAGGUUCAAGUAUCCCUUCCACGAACUGAUGCUGUGGGGAGUGCUGAUGAAGCGCCAGAAGAUGGCGUUGUUUCUCUGGCAGCGUGGAGAGGAGGCCAUGGCGAAAGCACUGGUGGCCUGUAAACUGUACAAAGCCAUGGCCCAUGAGUGUUCUGAGAGUGAACUGGUGGAUGACAUCUCCCAAGACCUGGAAAACAACUCUAAAGAAUUUGGACAACUGGCCUAUGAGCUGCUGGACCAGUCCUACAAGCACGAUGAACAGGUGGCUAUGAAACUCCUGACGUACGAGCUGGUUAACUGGAGUAACUCCACCUGUCUGAAGCUGGCUGUCGCUGCAAAGCAACGUGACUUCAUUGCCCACACCUGUAGCCAGAUGUUGCUCACAGACAUGUGGAUGGGCUGCUUAAGGAUCGGCAAGAACCCAGGCCUCAAGGUGAUUCUGGGAAUCAUCUUCCCGCCUUUGAUUCUGCUCCUGGAUUUCCGCAUUGGAGAUGAUGCAUCCUAUAAUGCACCUGGAGGCAAAGAAUCAGGAAAAGACAAGGAUGAUGACACAAAAUCUAGCAAGGAUGCUACCGAUGCAACUUCCAGAAAGGGGGAUGAAGAGGAGGGCAGUGCUAAAGUCCGUAAAAUCCCAAUCGGCAAAAGGUUCUUUGAGUUUUAUGAUGCGCCCUUCACCAAGUUCUGGUUUAACACUAUUUCCUAUCUGGGUUAUUUGAUGUUGUACAACUACAUAAUCCUGGUGAAAAUGGAGCGAUGGCCAUCCAUACAAGAGUGGACUGUCAUUGCAUAUAUCCUCACACUUGGAACUGAAAAAGUCAGACAGAUUCUCAUGUCAGAGCCAGGAAAGCUGAAACAGAAGAUAAGUGUGUGGCUGGAGGAGUACUGGAACAUCACAGACCUGGUCGCCAUCUCCACCUUCCUCCUUGGGCUCAUGUUGCGGCUGCAGCAUGAGCCUUACAUGGGUUAUGGCAGAGUCAUCUACUGUAUAGACAUCAUCUUCUGGUACAUUCGGGUCUUGGACAUCUUUGGAGUUAACAAAUAUCUUGGACCAUAUGUGAUGAUGAUAGGGAAAAUGAUGAUUGACAUGAUGUACUUUGUAGUGAUCAUGCUGGUAGUGCUUAUGAGUUUUGGAGUGGCACGCCAAGCCAUCCUUCACCCAGACGAGGAACCAACCUGGCGUCUGGCCAGAAACAUUUUCUACAUGCCAUACUGGAUGAUCUAUGGAGAGGUUUUUGCGGACUCGAUAGACCGUAAGACUAGAAUUCAUAUCUAUGCAAUGGAAAUUAACCCUCCAUGUGGUGAACAUUUAUAUGAUGAGGAUGGGAAAAAGCUGCCACCAUGUAUCCCCGGUGCUUGGCUCACACCUGCUAUUAUGGCCUGUUACCUGCUCGUGGCAAACAUUCUCCUGGUCAACUUGCUCAUUGCAGUGUUCAAUAACACAUUCUUUGAAGUCAAGUCCAUUUCCAACCAAGUGUGGAAGUUUCAGAGAUAUCAGCUGAUUAUGACAUUUCAUGAUCGCCCCAUCCUGCCUCCACCUCUCAUCAUCUUCAGCCACCUUUACAUCCUCUUCAGCAGACUGUUUAGGCGGUGUGGGAAGAAGAAACAAGAGGGAGAACUAGAUGAGAAGGACCGUGGACUCAAGCUCAGACUGAAUCCAGAAGAACUAAAAAAUCUGUACGAGUUUGAGGAACAGUGUGUGGAGGAAUAUUUCAGAGAGAAAGAAGAUGAGCAGCAGUCCUCCAGUGAUGAACGCAUCAAGGUUACUUCAGAAAGAGUUGAGAAUAUGUCUAUGCGUCUUGAGGAGGUAAAUGAAAGGGAGAACACUAUGAAGGCCUCUCUGCAGACAGUGGAUCUGCGCCUGGCCCAACUUGAAGAAAUCCAUGGAAGAAUGGCAGUCGCCCUGGAAAAACUUGCAGGGGUGGACAGGCUGGAGCUCACCAGAACAUAUUCACGAAACUCUUCUGUGUGUGACCCCUCCUCACUUCUCCGUCAGGGCAGUAUUAACAGUGCUGAUGGUUACAGCCUUUAUCGCUUCCACAUGGAUAUGGAGGAGUUUGCAGCCAAGUCGAAGGACACUGAUGAAGCAAAAGCUGGACUAGAAAGACAAAAGAGUCUUCGUCAAGCUUCCAGUACUUGUGCUCUCAAUGCCAAGGAUGGGGGUCAGACUUUGGAGGUUGGCGGUCUGGACAGAACACGACCCAGUUCGUGUGUGGACAUUCUCAUUUCUCCUUGUGAACAAAAACCUCUUUCUGCAUCAUCAAGUCAGGACAACAUAAGCACCAGAGGUCAAGGCAGUACAAUGCUGCUGGACAGACUGUCAGACAAGAACAGACUAAAGCCAUCCUCCCCUCCAAAAAGGACUAAGUCCUUGAAAUGCUAUCCUGUUGAAGACCAGGGAGCUUCCCCUUUGACAAAGAGGAGGACUAUGAGCACCAUCAUCGUCAGUCCUCCAGAUGAGCCAGAAGUUCCAGUUGAGCCCACAAAACCAGUCCUAGAAACCAGUUCUUCACCAAAGAGGACUAAAUCUUUGCGAUAUAUCCCUACUGAAAGUCAAAGCACUUCCCCUAUCUCAAAGAAGAGAGCUAUGAGCAGCAUAGUCUACAAUCCAUCUGAGGCAAGUGAUGAUGUGCUGCAUGCUGCAGACUACAGGUCACUGGUGGAACAAGUAUCUAAAGCACCAAAUCAGUGGCCGCCAAACCUGGAGUAUCAGGUGCACCCCGCUGUGUCUGGUCACAUUCCAAAAGUGUCAACAGUCAGAACUCUUGCCCAGCAAUUUCAAGACUCUUCUGCAACCGCAGUCCACAAAAAAGAGGAAAACCAGGUCCCUCAAAUUUUAGAAUCUAAGGUAAAAUCUCCAGCGAAAGGUGACGCAGAGGACCAUGCGAGGACAAAGGCCAAGAGAAACCUAUCAGACACUACUGAUUAUCUGACUGUAGCAGAUGAAAAGUUCCUGCCGUCUUACAGGUCAAAGAGCUUCAACGCCUGUGAUAGGAGACCCAAACCCCCACCUGUAGGUAACGAGGCCAGAGGUUCUAGCAGUGAGAGAGACCUUGUUGAAGCCUGUAGGGCAUCUGCUGUUGGACAGAAGAGUGAGAGAAAAAUGACAGACGUGGAGAAAAGAAAGGAAGAUGGACAGGGAAAGAAAUGACAGCCUCAAAAAAUGGGAAGAUGAAAUUACAAAGAAAAAAUAUGCCACAAAAGAAAGAAAAACUAAGUAUGAGGAAGUUGUUGCUACCAGCAAAGUGUGGUUUGUUGGUACAGAUUGGCUGGAAAUGCAGUUGUGCAAUGUAAUCAAUUGCCAAUGUAAGUUUGUAGCUCUAACUGCAUAGUAGUGAAAAUCAACACACAUUCUGUUUCAAGAUCCACUUUCUUUACCGUCUUUACUUUUCAUUGGUGUAACAUACAGUAGCUUACAAAGACAAUCAUUCACAUCACAGCUUUCCUACUUCAUUGUGAUUUAUGUUGAAAAUACAAAGGAGACCUGUCUGACAGUGUAAGGUGAAAAUAAAGUAUAUACACAUAACAGUUAUUUGUACUGAUAUAUGCAAUAUGAGCUCCAAAAACAUGAACUAUUAAUACAUGGCUGACUAUACACUGUAAACAUUUUCAUUUCAGGUAUUGUAAGAUGUGCUUUGCAACAACCCAACACAAAGGUGCCCCAACUGCUCUCAUGCAAAUACUGACAAUCGCUUAACAAUAUGUAUUAACCACAGCUUCCAGAGAAACAGGAAACCUAUUCACAGUUUCAUUGACACAGUUAUAUGUAUAAAUAAAGAUUCAA